GCAGAACAAGAUGGCGUCAAACACGGGAGAGUCUUAAAGUUUAGUAUUUAGCAGAAUAGAGUCCCAAGUCGACAAAAAUGUUGCCUUCUGUUGGGGUGGUUGACACUGGAAACUCUUCUCGUAUACUGUUAUCGCUUUUGCGUUCUGCUGGUUUUACAGUAAGUGGUAUUUGGGGUUCCACAAAGCAACAAGCUCAAGAAAUGGCCGAUGAAUACAGGGUUCCGUUUCAUACAAGUAAAAUUGACGAGCUGCUGCUUAGAGAAGACGUGGAUUUGGUUUGCGUUUUAUGCCCGCCUCAUGUUCGUGCCGAGGUAGCAGUGAAGGCUCUUUCUAUUGGGAAACAUGUGUUGUGUGAUUCCCCCGCUGGCCUCAGCAGAGAGGAAGCUGUAAGAAUGGUUAAUGCUGCUCAGUAUUAUCCAAAACUUCUUUCCUUAAUUAGACACGAGCUUAGAUUUCUCCCAGCCUUCAUAAAAAUGAAACAAUACCUAGAAGAGGAGGAAUUCUGUGGAGAGCCUCUAAUCUGCGAGUGUAAGAUUGAAAUGGGCUCGUUGAUUGGUAACCGGUACAACUGGAUGUGUGACCAAGCCAUGGGGGGUGGUGUUCUAACCAGUGUUGGUGCUCAGAUCAUUGACAUCAUCUCUUUCCUGACCAAUCAAAGAGCAGCUGAAGUGCAUGGCACUUUGAAAACCUUUGUUACUCAAAAGGAGAGUAUAUCCAGCUUUCGGCACAUAUCAAGUGACGAUUACACAGCUUUCCAGAUGAAACUUGACGGUGGUGUUUUUGCCACUGUCACUCUUAACACUCACAUACCAGGACGUUAUUCUCAAACACUUACUAUUUAUGGCACUAAAGGUCAACUUAUUGCCAGAAAUGGUAACUUGUAUGGAAUGAAGAACGGAGGAAAGGAAGAACUCAUUUAUGGUGACAUUGCUCGUAUCCCUGGUUCAUUUAAUGUGGAAAAACUUCCACCCAGCAUAUUUUUAACAGGUCUUGAAGCAUGGGUAUCAGAGAUUAAAAGAGCAUUUGAAGAAUCCAUUAACAAAGAUGAUCGGAGGAUUGCUGACUUGCAAACUAUUUCCAGUGCAGCCUCCUUUGAAGAUGGUUAGUAAAUGGUACACUGGUGAAAAAUUGACUAAUUUAUUUUUAAUCUAAAGUAAAUUGAAAUUGUCUAUUUUGUGAGUCAGUCCAAAUUCCUUCCACUUUAGUUAUAAAACUAAUUUUUUUGACUGUGUGCUCUUUAAUCCAUUUAAACCUUAGCUGCCCAUAACAUCCAGUUUAAAUCCUUAUUGCUUGUACCACUUCUCAGUUGUAUCUGAAUCUUUUUCUUCAACCAUCAGGGUUUGUUCAAAGCACUGCGUUUAUGAUCCCAUCUAACAACAUGACAUAUUCAUUACACCUGGACUCUUUAAAGUUAAGAGGGGUAUUGCUGUCACAAAACCAUGAACCCAUGAAUUAUUUCUGGAUUUGAUUGUGUUUCAAGUAAAGAGCCAAUGAUUAAUGUGGUAACACAAAAUGUCAAACAGCAAUGGUAGUUAGUUUGUGGUUUUGUGGCUUGCUCACAUGUCUUUGAUCUUUACUGUGAUUGGUCAUUACAUACUCAACAUUCCUAGAAAAUGCCAGGUACUCACAACUUUGUCAGUUUGACGGUAAACUGACUUCUGGUAAGAGACACUUAGCAACAGCAUUUGGGCUGCCCCUCUUACAGGGUUUCAACUGUAUUUUCUGUUUUAAGGUGUCCUCAGUAAAUUAGAAGGGCCUUUUCUCCUUAGCUAUAUAUUACCACAGUGGGGUACUCCAGAUUGCAAGUGAUGGGGUUGAUCGAAGGAUCUUUUUGGGUUUGAAAUUUAAUUGCAGGUUUUUUUGGGGAGGAAAAUUUGGCAAGUAUUUUUUGGGUGGCUUGAUUUAAGAAGGGAUUUUUUGGGUAUUCCAAUUUUUUAACAAUCUGAAGAUUCGUGGAAGUGCCCACAUUAGGGAAAGUUCAUUUAAUAUGACAAGGGGGGGGGGAUGAAGAUAUUGAGGGGGGGCUCCGAAAAUUUUUAGACACCCGAAGGGGGGGCUCUGAAAAAAUUGUUGCGCUAGGAGGGGGGGCUCUGAAAAUUUGUAUACUUCAAAACCAACACAUGACAUCAUCAUACAGAUCGGGUGGUUUUCAACUCAACAAUUUAAUGACCUGUGCAACUCAGCUAUAUCACGUGGUUUACAGAUAUAACAAAUGUAGUCUCAGUAAUUAUUACACUCUUGUUCAUCCUAAAAAUGCUUUAGAAAAUUGUAUCACAACUGUAUCUCAAGUUUGUCAUAGUAUAAACCAUUGAAAACAAUAACGGUAAAUAUAUUUAAUACAGUCUAGCGAUCUUUUUUCAGGGGAGCAAAGGAAUUGAAGGAGGAGGGGGGGGGGCUCUGAAAUUUUUUCGACUACCAAGGAGGGGGCUCCUAAAAAAUUGAACCACUAGCGAGGGGGGCUGCUAAAAUUUCAAGCUUCGAGUUUCAAUAUCUUCAUCCCCCCCCCCCUUGUCAUAUUAAAUGAACUUUCCCUUAGCUCUGUGAAUAAAGUACACAUUCAAUUUCUAAUGUUUUUAUUUUCAUGUUAUAUCUUUUUUUAAUUGGUUAAUUCAGAUUUACAAUUUUAUUUGCUCACUCAUGCUUUCUAGAAAUUUUAAGGCCUCGCAAUUUAGCAUGGGAUUUUUUGGGGGUUAGAUUUUGGUCUGGGGAUAUUUCGGGCUUUGAUUUAUGCCCCCAUUCAAUCAUCCCUGUCACUUAAAAUCCAGAGUAUCCCCUGGGUAUAUUACACAUAAAUUAAAAAUCAUCAUCAUAAACAAUUUUUCUUUUGUAUAGGCCUGCAUACACGUGCUGUUCUUGAUGCAAUCGCAGAGUCUAGCUCAACUGGUUCCUGGUGCCAGGUGAAUUUCAUCACCAAUAAUGGAUCAGAUAAAUCAAGGAUGGGCUCUGAGGAGAGUAUGCUACAAGUUAGUAAUGAACAAAAGAAGGAGAAAGCUGGUGAAAAAGAAUACCCAUUGCCUGUCCUGCGAAAAAUGCUGACCCAGUAAAUAAUGAACUUAGUGGCAGCCACCUUGAUAACUGGCCUAGGAAUUUCAUGGUAUCUGUAAAUAAUAUCCCACUAACCAGUUUAAAAUUAAUUGAAGUCAGUAUGUGACCACCCAAGGGUUGUGGAUUAAGUGUCGCUGACGAUAGUUAUUUGCUUGCGAGAAUCGACCCACAGGGGGUCUAUUCUGAAAAGAGGUUCCCACACAUACCUUUUGAAAGAGAAUUUAUUGCAUGCAAUUUCUAAGUUAUGAUAUGCAUAGUUUUAUGUUGUCACUGAAGGAUCUUUGUAUAUUGUGGGUGGUGUAGUAUAUAAAGCAAACGAUGCAUCAAGUGAUCAAUUACAAGAGGUUAAAAAGUAUCAAAAAUUUUAAAACUCCCAGCAAAAGUGGUUGUUGUGGCUCAUGAGAGGUGGUAGAGCUUUGACUGGGAAAAUUGGGUGUUUUGGAUUGGUGGUCACAUAUUGGAGGUGAUAGCUUACAAGAAGUGGUCGCACAUGGAGGUUUAACUGUAUUUUGAGCCUGGAAACAAACCAAAGUUGCUUCAGAAAACUAUCACUGAUAUAGAGGUAUUCUAUUAUAUUAUUUAGUGUCAUAUUUUAAUGGAAUUUUUCUGUAACAUUGUCUACUCUUAUUGAUUAGUUUGAGAUCGCAUGGCGUCUAAUAAUAAAACUGUUUUUCCAGAAAAAAGUCUCUGAGCAGGC